AUGGCCGCUGAGGACAAGACCUCUCUCUGGACUCACCCUCUGGAAUCUGACGGGUGGUACCGAGCGCACAAUGCGCUGCGGGCCGACAUGCAGGCGGUCAAGGGCAUGUUGACUGCCUUCCAGGAGCAGGUGGCGGCGGGCAAGGCCAUCCGCAGCGAGCAGGCGGCCGCCGCCAGCCGCUUCCUCGACGCUUUCUUCAAGUUCCUGCACCACCACCACCAGAACGAGGAUGACAUCGCCACGCCCUACCUUUCGUCCCGCUUCGAAAUGCCCAGCAAGAUUUGCGUGGACCACCAGCGCCUGAUGGAGCUGAUGGAUGCAUUUGAUUCGGGCUCCAAGAAGCUGCUGGCAAGCACAAGCCUGGAAGAGCAGGCCAACCUGCUGCCGGGAGUGGCGGAUGUGUUCGCCCAGUUGCAAACGUUGUGCCUGGAGCACUUCAAGGAGGAGGAGGAGGAGGCGAUGCCGCUGAUGCGUAAGCACUUCACGCCGCAAGAGAUUGAGCAGAACGUGGUGUCCAAGAUCCUGAGGGGCAUGAGCCCCAACGAUGUGGGCGCCUUCUUUCGCACCAUGGGCCGCGACGAGUUCCGGGUGUUUGCCAAGCGGGAGGGUAUCCCGUUCUUUGUGCGCUGGAUCCUGGCCUGGCACUGCCGCGGCUACAACAAGAAGAUCUGGCUGCCCUUUGAGCAGCAGUGCCUGGCUGCCGCGUGA